UUUUUUUUUGAAAUAUAUGAAAAUGCAUUGGAGGAAAUUUUAUAAAUAAAAAUAUGAAUUUAGACCCUUUAUCUUUUGCUCUUGCAGAAAUCGAUUAUGCUCUAAAAACCUUAUCUAAAAGCUCUUAUAAGGCAAAUGCUGCUGAAAUUAGUCAAUUGGUGGGUAACUUUGGCUUUGAAGGGGAAAGACAUCUGAUCAAAUCUAUAUAUUCUGAAAUAGAUUUUAGUGAUUACAGAACAAUAAAUAAAGAAUAUCCACAGGUUAUUCAAUACUUAAAGCAAGAAUAUAAUAAUAUUAUUAAUAAAUCAAAUUUCAUAUCCUUGAUUUGCAAUGCAAUCGAAAACAUUGUAAAAAUUCAAAAGCAUUUAAAAGUUCCACAAAUCUUAAGCCAGCUCAGUAAGUUGUCAAAAUUGAGUAGAGUAGAAGAGAUAGCCUAUGCAAUAUGCUUAAUACAUUCAUCAAACAACGAAAUUAAAGACUAUGCAAAAUUAUUUAUCAAGCAAAAACUGCCAGAAUUUUUAAAAGCUUAUCUUGAUGGAAACUUUGCCAUUUUCAACCAAAAUGAAAUUUCACAAGAAAUUACCUUCGAAAUAUUAUAUCUGUUUGUGGUUACCUUAAUACACGGCAAAGAUGAUCUAGGAAUAUUUCAAGACAAACUUCAGGCUUUUAUUCAUAAACUAAGGAGAGAUUUUCCUCCAGAUCAAGUGCCAGUAAUUUUAGCCCCACAUUUGUAUCCCUACAAUCGGAGACUUCGCACACCUUUUAACGAAGAAUUACAUGAUACGGAUCCCAUGUUGGUGCGGAAACUGGUGAGAGAAAUCCCCGCCAUAACCAAGACCAUGGUAGACGUGUCUAAAUUGGUGACGGAACUCGGUUACGAUUUCUGUUCUAGUCUCGAGACCUGUCAGAGUGACCUCAUAGAAAUAGGCGUGCACGAAAUCACUCCGGCUUCCGUUGCGAGGAUUCUCGGCGGGAUGGCGAGUUCCCACGCGGGACUAAUUGAUGGAAUUUCGCUUUAUUACGAUGGCAGAAAUACUAGCAGUUCUGAUAACUCCACCAGGAGCGAACCCAAGGAUGCCAACAAACCCCAGGAAUGUACUUCGUGGAACACGGAGAUAUUCGUAAAGGCUAUGAAAGAAGUGGUACCGCAUUUUCACUGGCGAGACGUAGUUUACGAGCUUGAUCAACCUGGACUUAUCUUGAAGGAAAAGCAAGGCUUUAAAUUAAUCAUGGAGGCUAUCACUUUGGGCUUGGAGUUCAACAUGGAAACCUUCCCUGUGGAUUUUUUCUACAGAAGCUGGAACAACUCGGAAGAACAACUCUCGUGGCUGGAAUUGAUCGUUCAAAACCCCGACGUUCUCUGCUUUUCCGAUUUUCCUUCUAGACAAAUCUCCACCGAGAUCCUCAAGUUAAACCCCGAAGAGGAAUGCGAUAGAAAAACCCAUAUCUGGAAAUCUCUGGACAUGAUAGAAGCCCUCCUGAAAUUAUCGGAGCGAGGCCAUUACCAAAGGGUCCAAGAACUUUUCCGGUUUCCGCUGCAAAAUUGUCCCGAGAUUCUGAUGCUGGCCUUGCUUCAGAUCAAGGGCUUGCUCACCCUCCUCGGGCAGGAUCUGUUGGCCUCCCUUAUACCCCAUUUUUUGUCCAACAACUCGAAUUCGUUGAUCGUACUGCAAAUCGCCUGGCAUAAUCAGUAUCAUUCCAACAUAACUCGAACUCUCAUAAUGCAUUCGAUGGCCGAUUGGUAUGUCAAAGAUCCUAACGAUCAAAGCAGACUUUCCAGGAUUCUAGACAUAGCACAAGAUUUGAAGGCUUUGUCCUUGCUAUUGAACUGCACCCCCUUCGGCUUUAUCAUAGACCUGGCUUGCCUUGCCUCGAGACGAGAGUACCUGAAACUGGAAAAAUGGUUGGCGGAAAAGAUAAGGGAACACUCGGAACCAUUUAUAUGGGCCCUGAUCUAUUUCCUCAAGAGAAGAUGCCCAAACAUUUUCGCUUCCUCCUCCACUAGCAGGAUAAGCGCCAUAGUAGCGAACACCACCAGCCAAAAUGGCGGGAAUAAUAAUAACGGUAACAAAGAUAUCUCGCUGCCCAAGGCCUUACAGCUGCCAACGGAAAUCGUCAAUAUCAUGCUGAAUACUUUGCAGAAUUUCCUCUCCUCUCACACCUCUAACAACAACAAUAUCUUGGGAAUGAACAAAAGUCACUUAUUUCCCUCUUCCCAAAGUGGGGGCUCGCUUCUAUCACCCUCCUCCUUUUAUCAAAAUAAGCUCCUUUCGGCUUCUUCGUCCAACCAGCAAGUGAGCGAGGAACUGAUCGAAUUUCUACAAGCGCUGUGCCAUCAUUCCAAUGCCUCAAUCGCUAACACCAACUUGAGUUUGCCUGGAAGCAUCACCAAUUCUGGCAACAAAAAGUCUCCUCCCCAAUCUCUAGCGCCAUUGCAACCUAAUAUAGCCGGCAACAGAAGUGCUCCCUUCGAUCAGUCGCCCCAACAGCAAAAGGCCUUGAACGUUAUGAUGAACAACAUACUCUCCAUGCCCACGCUUCCUCAACUCCAGAAUAAUCCUAACUCGAACGCCAACACUAUCAAUAACCCUGCUAACACUUCCUCCUCUAACAAUGCUAACAGCAAUAACCCAGGCGGCAUUAAUAACGCCGCUAAUUUAAUCAUGGAUCAGCUCCUCUCCAAUAUAACGGCCUCCUUCCAGACCGAAGAGAACGCUAAUGAUUCGAGCGUCAUGCAAUCUCGUAACAAUCAGAUGGACUUGGAUCAGGGCGGUAGAAAUAGCAACGCUAUGACCACCUCCCCUUUCGACGCUAUUCUGGCUAGGGCCAUGAGUGCUCCAGCUGACAACGACAUGUCGGAAGUGGACGCGUACGCGAAGCGAUUACAGCAUCAGAUGGUUUCUAACGAUAAUCCGGGUGUCGAUAAUGCUAACACAACUUCUAACCAACCAAACUUAUUCACGGUGGAUCUAUCUGCGAUGUUCCCCGACCUUAACAUGGCCUCGUUCGGGAAGGACAUAGAGGACGAGGCGAACGCCUAUUUCCAGCGGAUUUAUAACCGACCGCCCCACCCUAUCAUGUGCUUGGAGGAUUUUCUCGACAUGCUCAAGAGAUUCAGGGAUAGCACGGAGAAGAGAGAGCGGGAAGUCUUUGCCUGCAUGAUACGUAACCUAUUCGAAGAGUACCGAUUUUUCUCGACUUACCCCGACAAGGAACUGCACGUCACGAGCUGUCUUUUCGGUGGAUUAGUCGAAAAAGGAGUAGUUUGCAAUAACCUGGGUCUGGGGAUAGCUUUGAGAUUCGUGCUGGAAGCCCUUAAAAGGCCGGGCAGAGGCGACAAGAUGAGGUACUUUGGUUUAACCGCUCUGGAUAGUUUCAAGGAUCGACUCUGGCAAUACCCACAAUACUGCGCCCACGUAGCCGCUUUACCCCAUUUUGCGACGGAGUUCCCGUCUUACCUUAAAGAAUAUAUAGAGUACGGGAUCAAGGGCCAGGAAAUGCCUCAAAGUGGGAGAAUAUCGGCCCCCAACCCAUCCAAGAGCUUUACCCCUCCCCUUCAAAACGUCCAGACCACCAUAACAGCUGGGAAUUCGAAUUUUACCUCCGUCAACACGCUCAACACCAUUACCGCCUUUAACAGUUCGAACACCGCGAACAGAUCUGCCGUUAGUAAUACCCUGACACCGAUUUCACUCUUUUCUGCAGCCAGAUCCUCCAAAUCUAGCAAUACGCUCAUGGCCACCAACUCCAACGCGUUGUUUAACGCGGAUCAAGACAACGCUCCAUCUGAGGUGAAAGAAGAAGUUCACGUUCCGAGCGAAAACGUGCAGGAUAAACUGGCCUUCAUUUUUAACAACCUUUCUCAGGCCAAUAUCAACCAAAAGACGGAAGAGAUAUCGGAACUACUCACGGACGAGAAUUUGGCGUGGAUAGCGAAGUACGUGGUCAACAAGCGAGCCAGCAUAGAGAACAAUUUCCAUACCCUGUACAGCAACUUUUUAGAUUGCAUCAAAAUUGUCAGGCUCAGUUCGUUAGUCAUUCAGGAGACCUUUAAGAAUAUCAAGAUUUUGCUGAGGAGCGAUAAAUCAGCCGGAAAUUUCUCGGACCGCUCCCUUCUCAAGAAUUUGGGUCAUUGGCUCGGGCUUCUAACUAUCGCCAAGAAUAAACCCCUCCUGCAAUCGGAGAUAGACCUGAAGCAAUUAAUUUUGGACGCUGGUGUAAAGGGUAUACAAGACUUGCUAUUCGUUAUUCCCUUUGCCGCCAAGAUACUGGAAUCGUGCGCCAAAUCUAAAGUUUUUAAGCCUCCCAAUCCUUGGACCAUGGCCAUAAUGCAUUUGCUCGCGGAAAUUCACAAAGAACCUGACAUGAAACUCAACCUAAAAUUCGAAAUAGAGAUGCUUUGCAAGGCCUUCAGCUUGGAUAUCAACGCGCUGGCCCGACAUUGCCGCAACGAGCUUGCCAAAUACCGCGACAAGCUGGCCAACGAAUCCACUCAACUCCAAACGAUUACUUCCCAAGCUUCCUCCCAGCAAUCCUCCCAAACCCAGCUUCAGAAUCAACUCUACCAGCAGCUCCAACAGCUACAGUUCCAGCAACAACAGGGCAACCUAUUUCAACAACAGCCCAAUAAAAUUAUCGGCCUCAAAAAUAUCUCCUCUUUCUCUUCCACCUUUUCUACCCUUUCCUCUUCUUUGGUCUCAACCUGCACCAUCUCUAUAACCUGUACGGCAACUCUGAGCCUAUCAACUGCCUCCGGCACAUCUUCCUCCGUGAUGAGUAUCAGCAGCUCUGGCAAUAAUAUCCCAAUGUCCUCCAUGCCUCCCCACCUAAUGACCCCAGCAAAUUUUUUCAGUAUGAUGCUCAUGCAGCAACAACAAAAUCAGUCUCAAGGCUCCACGUUGGACUCCCUCGCUCCUAGCCUCUCCUCUUCCACCCUCACCUCAUUAGCGCUCUCCAGACCGUCCACCGCCGGCAAAAUACUAUCGCAACAAAGUGUUAGCAAUCAACAGCAGCAACAGUUCUUGGCGGCACUUUUGGGCGUUAAAAGUGGGCACCCUAUGCCACCACCCCCAAUGCAACCACCCGGUCCCCACUUUCAGCACCAACUCCAGCAAAUGAUAGCUGCUUACGCGCAACAACAGCAACAUGGUCCUCAAAGCCAGGGUAGUAACAGUUUUAACCACCCUGGUCAAGGCCAGAAUUCGAACAAUUUGCCGCUCUCCAACAAUGCCUUCAGUAGCAACCAACAAACCAAGAAAUAUCCACAGGGAUUCACACUAGCAACCUCGACCCCCUCCCUAGCCUCGUCUCUAUUAUCCUCACUUCCUAUCACCACUUUAGCCCCGUUGCUUUCCCUUCCUUCUUCCAGUGCGGGAUUCGGCUCCUCUAACGCCCACCAAAUCGCGAACUCUUCCUCCUCAGCUUCUAGUAGCGGGCCCGUCCUCCCUAUCCCCCACUUUCAAUUCAAGUACGGCGACAUCGAUGUUAGUAGCAUCGCCAGUGGGCUCCUUUCGCGCGUCCAGAUUAAUUCCCAAAUCCCCUUGUUCCAGCUGAUGCCCCAACUCAGGCAGGUUGUAAGGGUGGCGCUCGAGCGUUCGGUCCAAGAGAUUUUGCCGCCUUUAACAGAAAGGGUCCUCAAGAUAACGCUUGCCACCGCUGAAAGCCUAAUCAAAAAGGAUUUCGCCUUGGAUCCGGACGAAGCCCGCGUGAGAACCGCGUCUCACCACCUCAUCCGGUUUUUGGCUGGCGGCAUCUCGCUUUACACUGUUCGAGAACCGCUUUACGCUAGCUUGCUCACCAAUUUCAAGAGUGCGCUCGCUCUAGCUAUCAGAGGGACAUCCGGGGGCAUGACGUCUUCUAGCCUCUCGAUGGCUCCUUCCACUACGCCCAGCUCCGCGCAGAAUCAACUAUUGAACCCGCUUUCUAACGCCUUCGAUCUAAGCACCCUCACCAAAAACGAGGAAAAUCUGGAAGAUCUUACGACCAUAUCUCCCCCGGCUCAUUCGUCCGAUAUUUCCAAUCUCAACCUCACCGGAGAGCGAUCUCCUCCCAAUUCCCUUCUCCUUUCUUCCGAAUUGCUCGAACACGCCGCCAGUUGCUUAGCCUCGGACAAUUUCGAGUUAGCUUGCUGCUUCGCCCAGAAGACAACUAUAGAGAGAGCGGUAUCCGAAAUCGACCGAAGAUCCGUUAUUCGAAACCGAUCCGGUAUAAAGAGACACGUGGGUGACACGGGUUUGGUAGGGUUCGACCAGUUACCAGCUAAGAUACGACCCAAGAUGGGCGGAGCUAGCCCCAACCAAUCCCUGGUUUACGACGUAUUUUCCCGCAAUAUUCCCGGGUUCCUUUCCAACAGCUCCCUUUCAAACGCGACCUCGUCUUUCAACAACGGGCCGCCACAGAAAUCGUCGCAAGCUAGUGCCAUGCCCGGGUUCCUAGACACCCGCCCAAACGAGCCAGAGAACGCCUACCUUCUUAGGGCCCAUCCUGCCCCGUCCGGUAUAUUGGUCAAGCUGAGCGACGAGCUCGAUAAACGACUAAGUCACAUGGGUAUUCAGAGCGAUGCCAUAUCCGAGUACACAAGUCCCAACCGUCUUUACACAUCUGCUCCUCUUAGAUCGGUCAUACAGCUAUCCCUCGUGAUAAGGAAUCUAGCAUCUGGAUUAACCGGGAUGAAGGACUUUUCCAACAUUAAUGAACCUGGCAGUAAGCUCAGUAAUUCUGCCAUGGCCGGCAUUCAAAACCUUAUUCACAAAUGCAUUGACGGUCUGGUCCAAUGUUGUAACAGCUCCGCGAGACUUCAGGGCAAGCACGAUGAAUCGCUAGCUAAGUUGAGGGAUGCUCACGUUUUGGUUCUCAAGACGCUGCAAGACCCUAGAACCUUCGGACCCCAGUGGGUUAACAAGCACGUCACCAAGUAUUUGGUGGAAAAUAAAGAUGAUAUCGGCUUCGAUCUGGAGCUAAUAACCGUCCUCUACAACGAUCGAUUGCUGAACGCUUCUAUGUACGACUCCUUUUUGUCGCAAUGUCUUGAAAAUACCAUGGACCACGGCAUUUAUAAUGCCAAUAAUAGCAGCAGCGGGGCUAAGGCCAUCAGUUACGUCAUCAAACUCGUCAACAAAUUUUGCGUGAACGAAAGAGAAAAUUAUCCGCUCACCGAUUCUGAUCUUUACAAGACGAUCGAUGCCCUGGCUAAUUUAUCCCACGGAACCAGGCACAAUAUCCCCCUAUUUUACGAGUUACGCGAAACGCUCAACCACUUGACGGAUCACUCCGACAUAAUAUUCCUGGACUCGAUUACGACCACCGGUAGCUCGCCUUCCCGUUCCGCCAAGGAUUUCGCUAAUUUGGGCAGCGAUAAAGACCUAUCUAUUACGGUCUACGCUGCCAUGUUCCAUUCCGGCGUUUCCGCCGCCAAAGAAUUCGACGACCCUAUAGGUUUGAGAGAUCGGGUCGAUUUCUUAUACAAGGAAUGGCUCGAAACGUAUCGUUUUUACCUGGGGGCUGGUCCACUGUACCCCGGGUCACUAUCUAACUCUACGAAUGCCGCCAACUCCGAAUUCAAAGCGUCGAUGGGGGAAAAGGGCUCCGGUUGUGGUAGAAGAGUGGACAUCGAUUCUACCAUCACCAAUUUUAUGAUGCAGAUGCACCAACAAGGCAUUUUUAAAACGGACGACCUGAUAACGCGUUUCUUCCGCAUCUGUACCGACAUCUGCCUCGAGUCCUGUUACAAGAGCCUCCAAGAACCCGAUCCCCGCAAGAAUAGCAACAACGAUAUCGCUAGCGGGAAGGCCACGGAAAACGCGAAUUUACUGGAAGAACGCGCGCGGUUGGACGUUCUGGGACUGAACAAUUGCUACCAGCACAUCGACGCGUAUGUUAAGCUAAUAUCGCUGCUCAUCAAGCACUCCAACCAGAGCCUUAACAAUGGCACCCAAGUCAACCUCAUGAAUAAGGUUUUGGGAAUAUUCGUUGGUCUGCUAGUUCAACAUCACAGGUUUCCGCCAAGUCAUAACGGGCGGUUUCAACCGGUCCCCUUUUACCGGCUGUUUUCCGUGCUUUACACCGAGAUCGUGAGUAUGCAAGCUUUGAUGGAAUCUCACGGAAUCAAUAUAAUCACCGCAUUUUGCAACGCGUACCACGUCCUUAGGCCUAGCGAAGUUCCGGGUUUCGCCUUUUCCUGGCUAGAACUCAUCGCUCACCGCACGUUCAUCGCCAAAACCCUGACCUACCCUUCUCAAUCCAAGAUUUGGAAUUAUUACGCGCUCCUGCUGACCGACAUGUUCAAAUUUUUGGCGCCAUUCUUGAGGAACGUCGAUUUGCCAAGAUCCCUUCUUUAUUUCUACAACGGUAGCCUACGCUUGCUUCUCGUGCUACUUCACGAUUUUCCCGAAUUCUUGUGCGACUUCCACUAUGGCUUCUGCGAUGCUAUCCCGCCCCACUGCGUCCAAAUGAGGAACCUUAUUCUUUCGGCCUUCCCCCGCGACAUGAGACUUCCGGACCCCUUUACCCCCAACCUGAAGGUGGACAUGCUGCCCGAGAUAGGGAACAGUCCCAAGCUGACUCCCCACUUGGACUUUGGCCGCAUGGUCAACGAUCAUAGUCUCGAGAAUCAAGGCGCUUUCAAGAAGUGUUUGGACAUUUAUCUCAAGACUAGAAGUCCCGUGACAUUCUUGACAGAUAUUCGAUCAAAUUUGCAGGCCGCUCCCAGUGCGGGUUCCCAUUACAAUAUCCCCUUGCUGAACGCCUUGGUUCUGUACGUGGGUACGCAAGCCAUAUCUUCCAUUCAAAACAAGGGGCUAACCCCGGGUCUUACGACUAUAACCCAUUCGGCCCACAUGGAUAUUUUUCAGAAUCUAGCGGUUGGUUUGGACUCGGAAGGUCGCUACCUGUUUCUCAACGCCAUAGCCAAUCAAUUGCGGUACCCCAAUAGCCACACCCAUUAUUUUAGUUGUAUCCUGCUGCAUUUAUUCGCCGAGGCUAACACGGAGGCCAUACAGGAACAAAUCACCAGAGUACUAUUAGAGAGGCUUAUAGUGAACAGACCCCACCCUUGGGGACUUUUGAUAACCUUCAUCGAGCUUAUCAAGAAUUCUUCGUUCAAUUUUUGGCAACACGACUUUGUCAGAUGCGCUCCCGAGAUCGAAAAAUUAUUCGAUUCGGUGUCUAAAUCCUGUAUGCAGUCUAAACCAACUCCUCCCCUGUCUGCUCAGCAUUUAACUCUUAGCAAUCAGCUCAAAAACGAACCCAACAAAACCAAUUCACAAACAUCUUGAAUUCAUUAUAUUUUUUUUCUAAUAUUUUUCGACAAAUUUUUAAAGAUAUAUAUUAAUUUGGAUAAAUAAUUUAUUAUGUGUUAUAUUUUUAUUUCGAAUGUAUUUAUUAACUUUUAUUUAGUAUGACCUUUAUGGGCGAUUUACAAAUUUUAUCUUGAUUUUAAUUUUUUUAUGACUUCAUAAUUAACCACUCUCAGCC